AUGAGCUCCCGAUUCAAAUCUUUUGCUUUUGGAACAAAACGCAAGACUGCUUCCCCGCCAAAUCCUACUCCUGCGAGCGGCGCAACCCACUCCCCUCCACCAGGUGCCAACUCCUCUUCCGCCAGCCUUCCGAUGAACAACCCCAAUCAACUAGGUCGGCCACCGAGCUACACCUAUAACGCUGGUGCUGGGCGGCCUACAAGCCCUAUGCCUCCAGCGCAACAAUUACCCCCUCCUAUCAACACUGGAGUUGCUUAUCCCCAGGCUGGUGCUCCCCAGAUCGCCGGCCCUCCUCAACCACCAGGCUACGGAGGCUAUCCUCCCCACGCCCCUCAUGGCUUACAGCAGCAGCAGCCAAUAUCUACAUAUGGACGCACGCACGCUGGCGGCGAACUUGAUGCAACCGGCCGAAGCAAGGCUCAGCUUAUUGUAGGAAUAGACUUUGGAACUACAUUUUCGGGCGUAGCGUUCGCAUUUGUUACCAACACAGAAGCGCGAGAGGACAUAAUCACGGAGUGGCCUGGUGCUGGAGCUCACGCAAAGCAAAAGAUUCCAACUGUCCUUUACUACGAUCAGUACCAGAAAGUUGUUGGAUGGGGCCCUGAUAUUGCUGAUGCUCUUGCCCCUACUGGCUACCCGAAGCAAGGUGUUCAGAAAGUGGAGUGGUUCAAAUUACAGCUGAUGCUCUCUGGAAACACCUAUAUCGAUCCAAUUAAUCUACCUCCCCUUCCCCCCGGUAAGUCAGAAAUCGAUGUUGCAGCAGAUUACCUAAUGAAAUUGCGCGGUGCCAUGCGAAACCAAUUACAAAAGACCUUGGGUGAAGUAUUUAAUCGAGAGGAACGAAAUAUUCGAUAUUUCUUGACCGUCCCUGCUAUCUGGAAUGAUGCUGGCAAGGCUGCUACCCGCGCUGCCGCAAUCGCCGCUGGGUUUUUGCGGGACGAGAAUGAUAAUCGUCUAACCUUGAUCACGGAACCCGAAGCUGCCGCGAUGUUUUGCGCCAAAGCUGGCUUACUGAAUCUGAAAAUUCAUGAUGCAAUUCUGAUCGUUGAUUGUGGAGGCGGGACAGUCGACUUGAUCGCGUAUGAAGUAGAGGAAGAAACCCCUUUCACAGUGGCUGAGUGCACCGCAGGCUCUGGAGAUUCGUGCGGGUCAACGGCUCUUAACCGCAAUUUUAGCAAUAUCCUUCGAGCAAAAAUUAGAAAAAUGAAACUUCCUGAUGGCUCAAGAACUGCAGGAAGAGUUUACGCCAAGUGUAUUAUGGAUUUUGAGAACCGAAUCAAAGCCGAUUUCCGAAAUAACGGUCAGAAAUGGGCGGUGGAUGUUGGUAUUGAAGCUGAUUUCCCAGAGGCUGGUAUUGAAGAGGGAUAUAUGACCUUUACGAAUGAAGAAAUCCUCCAGUGUUUUGAACCCGUUGUGAACAGGAUUCUCGAGCUCGUGCGCAAUCAGAUUAUCGCCAUUCAAGCACAAAACCGCGCGCUCCAGAACGUUCUUGUCGUCGGCGGCUUCGGUGCUUCCGAAUAUCUUUUCCAACAGAUCAAGCUCCAUGUCCCCCCUCAGUUCCAGUCUAAAGUGGUCCGCCCAAUGGAUUCAGUUUCUGCAAUCGUCAAGGGUGCGGUCACGGCCGGAAUCACUGAGCGCGUGGUCACUUCUCGUGUUGCUCGUCGUCACUAUCUGAUGGCUACUCUACAGCCGUUCAAAGAAGGCCACCAUCCGGAGCAGUACCGUGUUCCUAGUCUCGAUGGCAAAGAUCGGUGCAAAUACACUCGGCAAAUUUUCGUCCAGAAAGGGGAGCGCGUCAAAAUUGGAGAGCCGGUCAAAGUUAGCUUCUUCCGGCAGGUGGCUCCUGGUGCAACGUUGAUGUACGAGGAUAUUCUGUACGCUUGUGAUGAAGACGUUUGUCCGGAAUAUACGAAGGAUCCACGAAUCAAAGAGGUCGUUACUCUUACUUCCGAUCUUUCCAGAAAGAAUCUUGAGAAAGAUUUUGAGCGGAUGGACACCCCACAAGGAACAUUUUACCGUGUCUACUUCGAUAUUUAUCUCACCCUGGAUGGAAGCGAGUUCAACGCCGAACUUGUCUGUCAGGGUGAGGUCAUGGGACGCUGCUCAGCAAGGUUCAGAUAAAUGCCACAUUGUUAGUAUUACUGUGGUUGAAACAUGAUUCCCGGAAAUUCGCCCUCCGAAUAAAAGAGUCCAGUGCGUAACAAAAACAAAUACCAAAAUACCAAGACAUCUUACGAAGUGACGAUGAAUAUUUCCUUAACGCCCUCAACUCUUGUCCUCGAACGGCAUCCGGUUUCCUAGCUACCUUCCGCUAGUCUUUCUCCAUUUGACAUCUAAACACCCAAAUGCGGAGGACAUGAAUUCCAUUCAUUCCAUCUAACUUCGGAUUUUUUUUAAAGGUUGCCACUACCUAAUUGGUUUAUCCGCCAGUCUCCCCAAAGGAUUGAGCUGAUCCCUUGGAAACAAUUUUCCCCUUCGUGAUCUACAAAAUUUCUUAUCGCAUUCUAUAUUUUAACCUUUGAUAUUCUAUCUUUCUAUAUUCCCCCCUUCCCUUUUCGAGGUAGCGAACUCGUCUAGCUACCAUUAUAUACCUCUUUUUGUUAUAUUCGCCGUUUGUGCUAUUUUUGAUCCAGCCCUUUACUCCUCCCUUCUUGAAGUUGAUCUUAUUUGUUGAUCGAUGAGGAGCUAGCAAUUGUGUUAAGAAACAUCUUUUUCUGCCAAUUUUCCAUGUUAGUAUGCUUUCAAUAUUCUCUGAUGAUAAUUUCUUCUUGACAACGUCAGCCAUUUGUGUUGUUCCCAUUUCUUUCUCCGGCUUUGCUUUAUACUCCUUUUCCCCCCUUUCCCUGCCUCUACUUUUUUUUUGGAUUGUCUUUACUUGCUUCUCUGUUUGGCAUGCUUUUAUAUACUUCACUUUUCCAUAGGGAUAAUAAAUAGACUCGAUUCAAUUACAACACUUGCUCCAUGC